AUGUCACAAUCUACAGAUGAUACUAAAUCUCAGAGCUCAAUUUUAAGAAAUGAAAAAUUUGAUGAAGUUCAUAUCAUUACAUCAUCGAUCAAUAAGAUAGAUAUAGAUUCAGAUAAUCUUAAAGGAUUUGAAUUAUAUGAAAAAGGUCAAGAUCUUUACAAAGGUGAUGAAUUCGAUGAAGAAGAAAAGAAGUCAUAUUCAAAAGUUUUGAGGAAAGUAGAUACUAGACUUCUUCCUUUAUUAUGUGUUACUUAUACUUUACAAUUUUUGGACAAAUUAUCAUUAAAUUAUGCUGCCGCAUACGGUUUAAAAGAGGAUUUGAAUCUAACAGGGAACAGAUAUUCUUGGUGUGCUGCAAUAUUUAAUUUUGGAUAUUUAUUUUGGGCAAUACCUGGAAAUUAUUUAAUUCAAAGAUUUCCAGUUGGUAAAUAUACUGGGUUUAUGUUAUUUUCUUGGUCAAUCAUAUUAAUUGGACACGUUGGAUUAAAGAAUUAUGGUGGUGCUUUAGUUAUAAGAUUUAUUUUGGGAAUGUUUGAAGCAAGUAUAUCUCCAAGUUGUAUGGCCUUAUGUGGGAUGUUUUAUACAACCAAACAGUCGCCUUUGCGACAAAAUAUCUUUUUAAGCUUCAAUGGAUGGGCUACAAUCAUAGGGGCGUUGCUUAGCUUCGGUUUAGGUCAUGCUGAAAAUUCUAGUUUACCUUCAUGGAAAUUAAUUUUUUUGGUAAUAGGUUUAUUAAACUUUGUUUGGUCAAUAAUUUUCACUUGGCUUUGUCCGAAUUCACCAGAAACUGCUAAAUUUUUAACUGAGGAAGAGAAGAUUGUAUUAAUUAAACACAUAGCUAAAAACAAUCAAGGUAUGAAAGACCAUAAAUUCAAAAUACAUCAAGCUUUAGAAGCAUUAAAAGACUUAAAUGUGUUAAUGCUUGCUGCGAUUGGUUUAGCUAGUGGAGUUAUUAAUGGUGGAUCAUCUAACUUUGCUUCAACUUUAAUAAAGGGAUUUGGAUUCAAUGGUAUAACUACUUCGGCAUUACAAUUGCCUUUGGGUGCAAUAGAGGUAAUUUUCGUUCUUGUUGCAGGUAUAAUUACUUUCACUAUUAAAAACACGAGAUUAUAUGUAUUGUUUGGGUCUUGCAUAGCUCCUUUAGGUGGAUUAAUUGGAUUAUAUGUUAUUCCAUUAGAACAUAAAUGGAACUUAGUAGCCUGUGCAUGGUUUAUGUAUAUAAUCGGCGUUGUAGUGGUCUCAUGCUUCAAUUUAUUAACCAACAACGUGGCUGGGACGUCCAAAAAGACUGUAUCAAACGGAUUAUUUUUUUUGUUUUAUGCAACAGGGAAUAUCAUUGGAGCUAACAUAUUCUAUGCGCGUCAAGCACCAAGAUAUGAAUCAGGUAUUUUGGGUUUAUUAAUCUCAUAUGUUGGAAUAAUGGUCUUAUCUAUAUUGAUAAGGUUGUUAUUAAUGAAAAGAAAUAAUGAUAGAAAUAAAUUGGCAGGACAACAAACUGAAGAACAAGCUCAACAAGCAAUAUUAAAUGGGUUUAAAGGUAUGACUGAUUUUGAAAAUAAAGGGUUUAGAUAUGCUUUGUAA